CUCUCCUGCUUCUUCCCUUCUCUCCGUCAAAUAUCCCUCUUCAUUAUCUUCGGAAGGGCGACGACGGUCCCCAAGAUGGCGCCAAAUAUAUCAUCGGCUAAAUUGACCCUUUCCUGUCCCUUGUUUGCCGCCGACUUUGACCCGCGCAACCCUGCGUUUCUGCUCGUCGCCGGAGGAGGAGGAGAGGGCCGCAGCGGCGUAGGAAACAAAAUCGCUCUCCUAAAUGCCUCUAAACGCCAUGAACUCAGCGAGCUAGUCGACAUCGAACUCUCACGAGACGAAGAUUCCGUAACCUCCCUGGCCACGGCGCAUGCGAACGAUAACUCCAUUGUCGCCCUAGCCGGUAUAAACAGCUCUCUGGCAGAGCAGAAGAAGAACAACAACCAGCAUCUACGAUCCUUCCGAAUCGACUACCCCCCACGACGGACCCAACCCUCGAAAGAAGCCGAAGAAUCAACAGAAAAACGAAGCUCACAUGCUAAGCCAGGGCGAACCACGGCUUUGUCUCGCACGUCUCUGUUUCGAUCAAAGGCGGGGGGGGGAGCAAACCAGUCUACCGAUACCUAUCAGAGGAUUUUGAGGCUUUCCCCUUGGAAGGAUGACGAGUCGCCGCGCGUUGCCGCGAUUGCUACAGGAUUAGCUCCUUCGGGGGAGAUCGUAUUCUUCAGUGCUUAUUCUCCCACCCCUGGUGAGUCCGAUGUUAUUGGAAGAAUUCGUCUGAACGGCGACGAAGAGGCGGAGGAUAUCGAUAUCAUAGCCCAGGAUGACGAAGAGGGGAAGUUCGCUGUGGCAUAUACCAACGGCACGGAGGUGUUUACUUGUCGCAUCUCUUCCGAGACCAGAUCCAACGCUGCCCCGGAUGUGACAUGUGUUUAUACACCAACCACCACCAAAGGCACGACGACACCAACUUCUAAGGGAUCACGGCCCAAAUUCCGCGCUCUCCGGUUCCUCUCCCCUACAACAUUGCUACUUCUGCAGAAUGCUCCAGACCGCAAGGGCUGUGAGCUCGUACUCCUAGAUCUCCGCCCCGCGACAUCGUCAUCAUCCACAACGUCUUCAGCACAGGUUGUCCACCGACACAAGCUUCGCAAAUCCAUCAAGAUUGGACUUGGUCUCGAUGUAAGCAACCUCGGAAAGAACCUAGAAAACCAACAGCAAUCGAUUAUCGCCGUCUCCGGCAGCGACCAAUCCAUCGAGGUCCUCACCAUCGACUUUGAUCCCCGCCGAUUACAGCGCACAGGAGCAGGGUACACCUCGUUCCGACCCUACACCACCCUCCGGGAAGUGCACCCUUUCUCUAUGACCAAGAUCUGCUUCUCGCAUUUCCUCCCGCCCCCGCACCCCGUCGCCGCAGAGACACCUCCGCAAUCCGUUAAGCUUGCCUCUGUCAGUAUGGGCAACACCGUUGUGGUCCACACUUUCGCCCUUUCACCUAUCCCGCCCUCCAGCCGGACACCGCGUUACGUUCUUGUCAUCCCCGGUGAAUCCGAGCUCUGGACCAACGCCUUCAGUGCCGUCGCCUCCCUCCUUUCUAUCAUCUUCGUCAUUUUCCUCGUCCAGGCUUUCACUGAAAUCAGAGGCGUCAUGCCCCCUUAUCUGGGUAUCACCAAAUACUUACCGCCAGAUAUCCGCGAGGCCAUUGCAAGACCUUACGAUCACCAUAUCACGCCUCCACUAUUUCCUCUCCAACAAGAACAAGAAGCAGAGCAGCAGCAGCAGCAGCAGCAGCAGCAACAAGCUAUGUCGGCUUCCGAUUCUGCAUCCUUCAGUGCUGGCUCUCAACACCGACCACUCCUCCGUGAUAUUAUCCCCGAUUCACCCGGAUCCCUCUUUAUCACAUGCAACCCAUCCACCAACGAGAUCCUCGUCGAGUCAACAACCACCUCCACCACAUCAAACGAACAAGCAGGCCCCGAUUCGCCUCCCAAACACAGAUGGGCCGACCUCUCCCCUUCCUCCCGCUCAACCUGGAAACAAUCCCUCUCUAAAGCCGGACUGUUGGAGCCACAAAGCAAUAACAAUGCCGCCGCCGCUAGCAGCGAGGACGAAAGCAUUCUCCAGAACAUCCUCUUCGGCGAGUCAUGUUUCUUCUCUGAAGAGCCAAGGGGAAAAACAAUAACCGUUGUGUAAUAAGUGGGAGGAAGAGUAAUUUAUGACAGUUUUGAUUCACGCCUCUUUUUUUUUUUUUUUUUUUUUUUUUU